GAAGUAGAAAAUAUCGACUGCUCGGAAAGAGAUGCAACGCACCCGCUAUUGCGAGCGGAUCAGCAUCCAAUAAAAUAUAUGCUGUGUCUUAGCUGUAAUAGGCAUAUUCAAAACAACUCCUUCAGCGACUGAAAACGUUUAUUACUAUUUAUAUCCUGGAAAAUUGUGCUCGGAAAUUUUUCACUAUUGCUCACCAAGGAAACAAGCAAAGGAGAUAAAUUCAUUAUUUAAAAAUCGUAAGCAUGGCAGACAUUGGCGUUGAUUUUACUGAAGAUACUUCCAACUUGGAGUUUGACACGCUAUCAGAAGAAUCGGAUGCGUCUGAAUAUUCCGAUCAUGAUGAAGAUGACGUCACCAUUGAGGAUGAAGCAGCUAUUUCAAAAAAUCAAUCGCAGACCCUUACCGAAGCCUACAAUAUAAAUGUUAAUGGUAAUAGACUUGACCCAUCAAGUAACAAUGUUGCUAUGAGUGUAAAAUGUGUACCGAAUGAAUUAAAUUUUGUCAAACUAGAAACUGGAUGUGAUAAACAUGUAGAUAACGAAUUACCGGUUAAGUUUCCGCUGAAGACACAAACAAAGACGGUAACAGGGCAUCCCAAUUAUGGGUUUGGUAAGCGCUGGUCAAAAUCAGAAGACGUUUUGCUAAAGUCUUUAAUUGAAAAACACGGUGAACGCUGGGAUAUUAUUGGAUCACAUUUUAAAGAUAGACUCGAACAACAAGUGCAACAGCGUUGGGCAAAAGUACUGAACCCCGAGCUUAUCAAGGGCCCAUGGACACGCGAAGAAGAUGAAAAAGUAAUUGAGCUAGUGCGACGUUUUGGACCAAAAAAAUGGACGCUGAUUGCUCGAUAUCUGAAUGGAAGGAUUGGAAAACAAUGCCGGGAGCGUUGGCAUAACCAUCUUAAUCCCAAUAUUAAGAAAACAGCUUGGACUGAGGAAGAAGACACAAUAAUUUACAACGCUCACUUCAAGCUUGGAAAUCAGUGGGCUAAGAUUGCAAAAUUGCUGCCAGGACGCACGGACAACGCAAUCAAGAAUCACUGGAAUUCAACAAUGCGUCGUAAAUACGAUGCUGAACGUAGAUCUGUUAGUACGGUAGCUGGUAGCGAUCUAAAGAACUCCCGUACUCGUCUCAUCGAAUUAAUCAAAACCGGUGGUAUCAGUAAGUGUCCGCAAGCGCUAUAUUGCAAAUUAGCGCCUUUAAACAAAAGUUUGUCUGAUUCAAAUAAAUCACAAAUGACUUCAACAUUAGAAUCAUGUUGUGAAGAAUCGUUUGUUAACGUUCUGAAAACAAACGAUUUAAUUGACAGUUUUUGCACUGAACCCAACACAACUGUUCGGUCUGAUGUACAAAGUGGGAGUGGACCUGUCAAGGUCAUAUCAAUGGCGACACUACCCCCCUUGCAAUAUUCUGAAGUAAAACUUAGGCAUACACCUAAUAUACUAAAACGGUCUCGUAAACACAUUCCUGAUGUAUCGAUGAGUAUGUAUAGUAAUUCGGAUAUAUUGAAAACUGACAUAAAAUCUAAGAUGCCAGAAACACCAGUAAUAACCCCUAUUAAAUCCCUACCCUUUUCGCCAAGCCAAUUUUUAAAAUCACCUUGUCUUACAACAUUUGAAGAUAUGAACUUGCGUGCAAGCACGCCAGUUACCAAAAUUUAUAACCGCGUGGGAAUGGAAAUUAAAAAAGAGUUAGAUACUUCAUCAAUUGAAACACCACAUAAAAGUAUGGUUGGGCCGCGCACUCCAACUCCAUUUAAAAAUGCCCUUGCGGCUAUUGGUAACGGUCGCUCAUACGUAGCUUCUAGCCCUUCGAGUCUGGUCGAAGAUCUGGCUGAAAUCAUCAAUAAGGAACAGAUGAAUGAAUCUGAGUUUAACUGCAGCAAAAGUGAAAAUGACCGCGAUAUUCCAUCUGACACAGAGUAUACAAAUACUUUCGCUAAUAAAGUGAUGCAUUCGUCCGUUCCAAAGCGAGCCAGAAAAUCAUUGUUGCCUAGUUGGAACCUAAACUUUUCACAAUACGGAAAAAAAAUACAACCGUUUGAAACAGAGACACCUAGUAAAUUUCUUACGUCAGGACAAUCAGUUACACAUCUAUCCCCAAGCAACAUUAUUGAGGAUACGUUAUGCAGUGAACAGGAUCUGUUAUUUGACGAGGCUAAAAAAGAAAACAGGCCUUACGGUCAAAGGUUCCGUUGCCUUUCCAGCGAUCAUCUGUUGGACCCAAAGUGGGCUCGUGUUGCUUGCGGCAAAACCAAAGAUCAAAUUUUUAUGGAGAAACAGGCAUAUGAUUGUCUUAAGAAUCUCGCCUUAAUGCCGCGGUCAUUAAAUUUUGAGAAGCAAAAAUAAGUUUCAAUUAGCACUUAAAGUACGAAAAAAAAAAAUGAUUUCAAAUAUUCUAUAUUUAAAAGGAAUCCUUAAAUUUUAGAGCAUGUACAAAACAGUAAUCUAUUAAAGAAUAUUCCUUAUUUCA